AUGGACAAUCUCUCGGCCAUGUCGUUGAAGAAAAUCGCCCAACUCGAAGCGGAUUUGGAAGAAAUGAAAAGGGACAAAGACGUCGAGAUGCGCCAAUGGGCAGCAAAUAUGUUUGAAAUCGAGGCGAAUUUAAUGGAGAAGAUCGCGAAGUUGGAGGUUGAUUUGGUUAAGGGAUGGGAGAGGAAUCGAAAAUUGGAAGGGAAAAUGACCGAGACGAAAGGGAAGAACGAGGAUCUCGAAGCACAAUUAAGCGAUCAAAAUGUGGAAGGGAGAAAAGGAAUGGCCAAGAUUGGAGAGCUCGCAGGGAAAAUCAACGCGUUGGAGAGCAAAAUCUCUGGCUUUGAGACCCAAAUCGCAAGAGAGCGGAACGAAACAAAGGAAAAAGACGUCGAGAUGAGUCGAUGGACAGCAAAAAUAGCUCAAAUCGAGGCGAAGUUGGAGGCCAAUUCGGUUGACGUCAACCUGUUGACGGUUGACGGAAGGGAGAGAAAUCGUGAAUUGGAAAGGAAAAUGGCCGAGACGAAAAGGAAGAACGACGAUCAUGAAGCACAAUUGAAUGAAACUCAACAAGAACUUGUCGAGGCUCGAGCAAAAAUCAGCGGACUCGAGACGGAAAUUAAAUGUGAACAAAAAGAGAGAAGUGAUGAAUUCACGAAGAUCAACUCGAAAAUCUCUCAAAGUGAUGAUCGAUCGACGAAAAUUGAUGCUGAAUUGAAAGUCGAGAUAGAUUCCAAAGUCGCCGAAAUGUCAAGAAUCAUCUCCAUGAAAAUGGCUCAAAUUGAGACGGAUUUAAUGGGGAAAAUCAUGAAGUUGGAGGCUGAUGUACAUUCCUUUGAAAGGGAAAACAAAACGGCCGAAAUCAUGAAGUUGCGGGCAGAUUUAAAUGGAACGAUGACUUUCUUGGAUCUGGAUCUGGCUGGAUGGUCGUAUUUAGCAAAAACCGCUUCUUGGUACAAGGUUAUCGAUCAAAAAAUGACAUUCGAUGAAGUCGAGGCAUAUUGUGCAGACCAAAUGGGCCAUUUAGUCUGCAUUCACAGUCGGGAAGAGAACGAUUUUGUUCGGAAACUCGCGAAAACUGUUGGUUCGUAUUCGUCGUUCUGGAUCGGACUGAAGAGAAAUCCAAACAAAAGAGAUGCUUUGGAAUGGACGGAUGGAAGUUCGAUGGAUUUCAUUAAUUGGCAUCGGGGACAACCUGAUUCGGACACCCACGCUGCGCUUUGGAACGACGAUGGGAAAUGGAGGCUCUAUCCUCGUACCUAUCAGUUUGGUCUUAUCUGCAAAAGGAGCUCUCAAUCC